UUUUAAGUUUGUUUUACAUAGGUAACUUAAAAUUUUUAUAAGGUACAGGCUGCGUUCCUUUUGAAGUUUACAAAGUUGUGAGCAUUAUUUCAUCCUUGUUGUGCAUUAAAUAUUAAACAAGAACAAAUAAUGGUUACAAGCAUUAUUAGUAUCAAAGAAAACAUAUCAAUUAUUAGUAUAAAUUAUCGAUUUAACUAUAUCACUAUAUCACUAACAAUAAGUUAAAUGCCGUUUCUAUUAAGUUUCCCCUUUUUUUCUUCAGAAACAAAAGAAUAUUUUCUCUCGAGCACAGAGCAAAAAUAAAUACUAAUAACAUGUCAAAACAGAAAUAAAGUUUUUAAUUUUCAAGAUAUUAAUUAAAGAUAUUAAUUAUGCAUUUUUAAAUAAUCCGUUUGAUUGUUGAAUCUCAUUUUAGACGUAGGUGUUACAAUUCUAUACAUUUAUACGUCAGCAUGACGAACCUUUUAACGACAACCAAACAGGAAGUAAAAAAAACAUUCAGAACGGAUGAGUUAGCAACAGGCAUAAGGUAUGAUGACGUGUACAUCUCACCGAGUCAUAUAAAAUUUAACGAAACUUUCGAAGGAGUUACGCAUCGGCAGCGUAUUACUAUCAAGAAUGUCGGGUAUAAACCUGCGCUUAUUAAAAUUAGUCAUCCAAAUUCCAUAGCUUUUCAAGUAAAAGCUUUUAAAAGUGGCAUAUGGGUGAGUCCUGGAUUAAGUAUAACAACAUAUGUAACUUACACGUUCAAAAGAACGUCUAUAUCCCAUGCAAUAAUUCCGAUUGAGAUCAAUGGAAAGGUAUUCGAAUAUUACGUGACAUCUACCCGAAUCACUGAAUAUAUCAGUAUUGAACCGAAGUUAAUAGAUUUUGGUACUAUUGACAUUGGUUAUUCGUCCGGUAUAAAAAUAAUAACAAUCCGUAACGAAGGAAAUAAAAGUACCAGAUUUUCAAUUGAUAUUGGGCCAAAUGAUCUAGACUUGGUAAUAAAGCCUCUUCGUGGAAAAAUCGGUCCAGAAAAAGAAGUAAAACUUCAAGUCGAAUUAAUAGGCGUAAAUGAAGGCAUCUUUUGCAAUGAAUUUUGGAUUAAGUCCACUCCGAAUAUACGUGUUCCCGUCAAAGUGCACGUCAUCAUACCGAAACUGGUAGUUUAUCACCCAAAUACAACCGGAGAUUUCACCCUCAUCGAUUUUCCACCUACAGUAGAAAAUACCAAUAGGUAUGACACCUUCGUCCUACGUAAUCUUUCGUCUCGAGCAUCCAGUUACGUUGUCCUCGGUGAAAUCGAUAACAAAGUAAAAUGCAUUCGGGAUAUUCGCAAUCAAUACCCGAUUUUUAAUGUCUUUGAGAUUCAGCCUCUCGAAGGGCGAAUAAAUCCAUUUCAAGGUAUCAUCUUUGAAGUAAAAUUUUCACCAAUGAAAACAUUAUUGCAAAGGGGAAAAGAACAAGAACAAAAGCCGCCGAGAAAAUGUAAAGAUCCAAGUUGGCAAAUUACGGAUUUUAUGCAAUUUAUCAGAAUAGUCAAAGUACAUUUUAGAGAAUCGAAAGGUACCAAUGUGUUCCCUUUGAUUUAUUUGCAUUGAGAAAUCAACUAAAUAAAUU